AUGUCUAAUGGCAGCCAAACUGUGGCUCGUUCACCGAGUUGGACACCCUCAGAGGGAUGGAUGAAAGUUAAUACCGAUAGGGACUGCUUAACACACACGGGAGGAGCAAGUGGAGGGCCUAAACUAGCUUGGGAUUCAGGAUCAGGACAAGUAGUGUUAGAAACUGACGCAACUGAGAUCCUCAGGCUGAUUAACGAGGCGGACCUCUCAACCCACGUUGAUGUGUCCUUGAUUGAAGAAAUUAAAUCUGUGAGAACCAGAGAAUGGACAGUUGUCUUUGAGCAUGUUCCGAGAGAGAGCAACCAAGUAGCAGACCUUUUUACCAAGCUUGCUAUGGUCACGACGCUGGGAUACCAUCUUAUAGUAGUAGCUCCUGAUGUGGUGGUGGAAGCGAUUUGA